UUGGUGUUCAGGACAGCACCGACAGACCGACCACACGACACGAUGGCGAAGAUUGUGAGCAGGUUCUCCAUGUACAUCCCGGCUGCAGCUGCAGCGCCGGCACCGCCGCUUGGCCCUGCCCUCGGCCAGCGCGGCAUCAACAUUAUGGAGUUCUGCAAACAGUUCAAUGACAGAACAAAGACCAUGAAGAAGGGCAUCCCCGUACCAACACAAGUGGAGGUCAAGAACGACCGGUCCUUUCAGUUCAAGACAGGCAUGCCUCCCAACAGCUACUUCCUCAAGAAGGCAGCGGGAAUCACAAAGGGUGCACAAAACCCAGGCAAGGAAGUUGCCGGCACAGUCACACUGAAGCAGAUUUACGAGAUUGCAGCGGUGAAAGCGCAGGACGACAAAUUCAAGAACACGCCGCUGGAGGGCGUGUGCCGGUGUAUCAUCGGCUCUGCGCGGUCAAUGGGCAUUCGUGUCGUCUCAGACAAGGCAGAGGAAGCAGCAUGAGCCAUGUGUAUAUGUGUGGGAUUGUCUGUGUAUUCGCGCGUCGCUGUGUUGAGUGUGUGCCUUCGGGUGUCUUGGGAUGCAUUGUGGGGUUUGUGCUGUGGUGAGCGAUGGCCAGUCAUUGAAUGUGACAGUCUGCGCGUGCCUCGAAUUGCCCAUCUUCAACUGUAUUGUGUGUAUUGUGCGUUUGUGUGACAAUUGAUUGGUUAGGAUGUGCUGCCUGGCAAGUGAACAACAGAAACAGCCAACAGUGCAAACAGGCAACGCACACACACACACACAUACACACAUACAU